CUCCCUGACAAAUCCACACCAACCAUUAUUUGCAUAGUUGCUCUAAAAGAUAUGAGUUCUAAAGGAGAUGACGGCUAUUUCACCGUCACAGUGACAAAGAAGGAGGUGGUGGCAGCCGUACUACCAGUGCAAGAACAUUGGCUGCCACUCUCCAACUUAGACUUGCUUCUUCCACCACUUGAUGUUGGUGUUUUUCUAUGUUACAAGAAACCUGAAACAGCAUCGUUUGGGUCCAUGGUUAGUGUUCUUAAAAAAGCCAUGGCUCAAGUUCUUGUGUCAUACUAUGGAUUCGGUGGUGAAGUUGUGUCUAACCCAUUGGGUGAGUCUGAGCUGCUCUGUAACAACCGUGGUGUUGACUUUUUUGAGGGUUUUGCUGAUAUUGAGCUUAAAGAUCUUGACUUGUAUAAUCCUGAUCAUAGUGUUGAAGGUAAACUUGUUCCUAAGAAGAAAGAUGGUGUACUUGCUAUUCAGGCAACAGAACUGAAAUGUGGGGGCAUAGUGGUGGGAUGUACAUUUGAUCAUCGCAUUGCAGAUGCCUAUUCAACCAACAUGUUCCUUGUGUCAUGGGCAGAGACUGCUCAAUCUAAACCAAUUUCUAUUCUGCCUUCUUUUAGACGAUCACUUCUGAACCCUAGACGUCCAAUUCGCUGUAUUGAUACUUCUAUGGACGAUUUAUACGUACCGAUUUCCUCAUUUAUAUCUCCAGAAGAACCUGAACUUAAUAAUGAUGAUCAUGAUCGUAUUGUAAGUCGAAUAUAUUACGUAAAAGCUGAGGAGCUCACCAAUUUACAGUACAUUGCUAGCUCAAGUGGAUUCAAAUGUACUAAACUCGAGUCAUUCAGCGCAUUUUUGUGGCAAUUAAUCGCGAAAUACGCAAAUAAAAGUAAUCCGAGCAAUGGUAAAGUAAAAAUGUCAAAGAUAGGAAUAAUUGUGGAUGGAAGGUCCAAGUUGAAUGAUACGAAGAUGGGAAGAUAUUUCGGAAACGUACUUUCAAUUCCCUACCACAGUGAGAGAAUUGACGAACUUGUUAAUCAUAAUUUAAGUUCGAUGGCGGAUAUCGUCCAUGAUUUUUUAAAAAAAGCAGUGACAAAGGAGCAUUUUCUAGGGUUAAUUGAUUGGGUGGAGGCUAAUAGGCCAGUAAAAUGUGUGGCAAAAGUAUAUGCAAAUGGUAAAGAUGAUGGACCAGCAUUUGUGGUGUCUUCAGGGCAAAGAUUUCCAGUUUGCAAGGUUGAUUUUGGAUGGGGAAAGCCAAUUUUUGGGUCAUAUCAUUUUCCUUGGGGUGGCAAUGCAGGAUAUAUAAUGCCUAUGCCUAGUCCAUUGGAGAAUGGUGAUUGGAUAUUGUAUAUGCAUCUAUUUAGAAAGCAACUUGAAUUUUUGGAGACUGAGGCUUCCAAUUUUUUUAAGCCCUUCAAGUUGGACUACGUUGAACAAAAAUUUAAGUUGGACAGCUAGAUUGUUAAUUAAUUAAUGUAGUUAAAUUAACAUGUUUAAUUUUUGUUUUUUUGAUGUAGUUGUAAUAAUUAAUUAAUGGAAUUUGCUUUGAAGUGUGCAAGGAUUUUCA